AUGGACCGAAAAGUCGCAAACGAGAAGAAGACCCGAGAAGUCGCGACGAUGGACUGGCCCAAGAUGCCCGGCCAGUUCCCCAAGGGAAAGACGACCGGCUUCGAUCUACCAGAGAUGCAAAAGACCGCGAACUCAACUGCCAAGGCGCAAGCGCCGCCGACACCCCCCACGCCCACAGUCACGAUCGGUGACAAGGUCAACGAGCUCCUGCAGUGGCGCGAGGGCGUUGACCAAAAGCUUGAUGAAAUCAAUUUCAAGCUCGAUCAUCUGCUCAACGAGACGCUAAAGUCUCGCGAACUCGAGAGUCAGGAGACAGCGAUGGGCACCAAGCUCGGAAACGCUUGUUUCCGCCUCGACAGCCACCACGACAUCAUCCAGGGCAUCAGCCAAAGCCUCGCGGCGGCGAAUAGCCAGGUCCAUCGGCUGACGAACGAGCUUCGCAGUAUCAAGGAAGCCAAUGAGGUGACUGUGACUUUCAAGUCUACCCGACCGUAG